CGCGGGCGGAGCGGGCUGAGCGGGCUGAGCGGGCUGAGCGGGCCGGAGCGGCGGGGCCGAGCCCGCGAGCCGCCGGCAUGACGGGCCGCGUGUGCCGCGGCUGCGGCGGUACGGACAUCGAGCUAGACGCGGCGCGCGGCGACGCCGUGUGCACCGGCUGCGGCUCAGUGCUCGAGGACAACAUCAUCGUGUCCGAGGUGCAGUUCGUGGAGAACAGCGGCGGCGGCUCGUCGGCCGUGGGCCAGUUCGUGUCGCUGGACGGUGCUGGCAAAACCCCAUCCCUGGGCGGCGGCUUCCACGUGAACCUGGGAAAAGAGUCGAGAGCACAGACCCUGCAGAACGGCCGGCGGCACAUCCAUCACCUGGGGAACCAGCUGCAGCUGAACCAGCACUGCCUGGACACGGCCUUCAACUUCUUCAAGAUGGCCGUGAGCAAGCACCUGACCCGCGGCCGCAAGAUGGCCCAUGUGAUCGCAGCCUGCCUCUACCUUGUGUGCCGGACAGAGGGCACGCCGCACAUGCUCCUGGACCUCAGCGACCUGCUCCAGGUGAACGUGUAUGUGCUGGGCAAGACGUUCCUCCUCCUGGCGCGAGAGCUGUGCAUCAACGCACCGGCAAUAGACCCCUGCCUGUACAUCCCACGCUUCGCCCACCUGCUGGAGUUCGGCGACAGGAACCACGAGGUGUCCAUGACGGCCCUGAGGCUCCUGCAGAGGAUGAAGAGGGACUGGAUGCAUACGGGCCGGCGUCCCUCAGGCCUCUGUGGGGCAGCACUUCUGGUUGCAGCCAGGAUGCACGACUUCCGGAGAACAGUCAAAGAGGUCAUCAGCGUGGUCAAGGUGUGCGAGUCCACGUUGCGGAAGAGGCUCACGGAAUUUGAAGACACGCCCACCAGUCAGCUGACCGUGGACGAGUUUAUGAAGAUUGACCUGGAGGAGGAGUGUGACCCCCCCUCGUACACAGCCGGGCAGAGGAAGCUGCGUGUGAAGCAGCUUGAACAAGUCCUGUCAAAAAAACUGGAGGAAGUUGAAGGUGAAAUAUCCAGCUACCAAGACGCAAUUGAGAUUGAACUAGAGAACAGCCGGCCCAAGGCCAAGGGAGCCCUGGCCAGCCUGGCGAGAGAUGGCUCCGUCGAGGACACCACAGCCAGCUUGUUUGGUGAAGAGGACGCCGAGGACGAGGAGCUGGAGGCCGCUGCUAGCCACCUAAACAAGGACUUCUACCGGGAGCUGCUUGGUGGCAGCAGCCUGGAGGCGGCAGGCAGCCCCGACGGGGGCAGCAGGCCCCCUGCCCUAGAGUCCCUGCUCGGCCCCCUACCCACGGCAGCCAGCCUGGGCAUCUCAGACUCCAUCCGAGAGUGCAUCUCCUCCCAGAGCCGGGACCCCAAAGACGCUUCCGGGGACGGCGAGCUAGACCUCAGCGGCAUCGAUGACCUGGAGAUCGACAGGUACAUCCUGAACGAGGCAGAAGCCCGUGUGAAGGCGGAGCUGUGGAUGCGAGAGAACGCCGAAUACCUGCGGGAGCAGAAGGAGAAGGAAGCCAGAAUCGCAAAGGAGAAGGAGCUGGGCAUCUACAAGGAGCACAAGCCCAGGAAGUCGUGUAAGCGCCGGGAGCCGAUCCAAGCCCGCACGGCCGGGGAGGCCAUCGAGAAGAUGCUAGAGCACAAACGCAUCUCCAGCAAGAUAAACUACAGCGUGCUCCGGGGCCUGGACAGCACGGGCACCAGCCGCCCGCAGAGGGAGGGCGCGCCACCCAAGGACAGUGCCGGCCCCAGGAGGCUGCCACGCAGGAAGGUGCUGGCUGGCAGGAGCAGGGGGGACCCCGUGGCCAGCCUGGGGAAAAGGUUGAGGCCAAUGGUGUCCAUGCAGCCAGCUAAGAAGGCAGCUGUGGGAGAGUCCCUGCUCCCGAGCCCUCCCACCUUGGGAGCUGAGCCUGCGAGGCCUGUGGCUGUUGUGGUGGAGAGCGGGCCUGUGUUGUACCAUGCCGCCGAGGAGGACGGCGAGGACGAGGAGCCCGACGAGGAGGAUGGCGAGCCCUGCGUCAGCGCCCUGCAGAUGAUGGGUGGCGAUGAUUACGGCUGUGAUGGUGACGAUGACGAUGGUUACUGAGGUGUGGCCUCGUAGAGUCAUGUCCUGCUGGUGUCCCGCUGGUGUCUUAUUGGGGAGCAGACGGGGCCUCUGGGCCCGGAGCCCCAGGCGUGAGCACCGAGACUCUUGGUGACGAGAGGGUGCUGCCCUGCGCUCUCCACAGCCCUCGUCCCACGGCCAUGUGUGGCGUCUGUGGCAUUUGCUGUGGGGACCACGUUUUGAGCAAUGUAAGGCGUGUUUCUCCCCAGCACAGGAGACUGGACCGACGUCUGCAUGUGACUGGUCAGACAGGGUCUCGUGGCCCGCGCACCUUCACAGGUGGGACUGCCGUGUCCCUUGUGAGCACAGAGGCGCAGCGCAGUGGGGGGGCAGUCGGGCCCCGCUCUCGGCCCCUCCCCUACUCGCUGUCACAGAAGCACUUAUGUCCAGCCCCUCCCUCUGCUGGUCCAGCAGUCCUGUGCCUCCAGCGGCAGUCCCCAGCCAGACCCAGGCCUCCUUGCUGUGGCCUGGGAUCACGCGGACCAGAGCCCAGGAGCCCUGGGGCUACCUGAGCCAGGACAGCUGUCAUGCUUUGCGUCUGAGCGAACAUCCAUCCGGUCAGCACCCCAGGGGAAGGCAGGCAGGGUCUCCGAGCCCACCACUUGCUCUGGAUGGUCCCUACCCCCUGGACCACCCUGUGGGCCAGGCCUGGUCAUCGGAGGCCCAGAGACCACUGUCAGGGCAUCGUGGCUCUGGACAUGGCCAGGGAGGGCGGGCAGGGGCUUCUGCCCCUCAAGGCCCUGGUCUUGGCUCCACCCCAUGCCCCUGAAAUGGAUGACCAUGGUGGCAGAGCCCCCGCACACACUUUUGCAGGGCCCUGCACUCUGUCUCUUGGGACAGGCCGGGCCCCCUCACAGAGUGCAACCGUCUGCAGGUCAGGACUUGGAGGGCAUGUGCCUGCACCUGUUGGCCUGCCUCGGCCUUCUGGGAGGCAUGUGGGGAUGGGUUUUGUGGACCAGAAGGUCCAUUACUUGAGCAGAAAGCUUCAGGCUGUGGCCCAUGAUCCCACAUAUGGCUCUGUAGUCCAAGGGGGGCUGGGAGACCCCAUGUUGGAGGAGGGCCACAGUGGGUGGCUGUGGUCAGGCCCGUCUGGCUGAAGCAGGAGUGAAACCCCAGGACGGGGGGCAGGGAGGAGGGGCCGGUGGGGAGUGGCUGUCCCGUUGAGAGGGUGAGGUGGGGAGCAUUCAGCACAGGGUCCUGGGGCAGUGGGGACCUGCACCAUGGAUGUGGGUGACAGCUGGUGCUGGUGCCACACACACAUUAAUGAGGGAGCAGGGCCAAAGGUGAGCAGCCAGCAGCUGGCACGGUGGCUCGGCUGUGGUCACCUCUGCAGGCCCCGCAUGCACCUCCAUCCAUGUCUGCUCACUGCCUCCCAUCUCGGAGGAUGGCCUGUUCCUUAGGCCCAGGGAAUUGGGGGUGGCCCCCAGCGCUCAUGUGCUGUCUGGACGUCUGCCCUAAAACCGGUCUCUCAGCUGCUGGCCCAGGAGUGGCCCUGGCGGCCAGUCCGGGACACCUCCCCAUCUGCAGCUCUGCUGGGUGGGCGGCAGGAGGAGGCAGGGCCCUGGGGUCCCCCGCCCCUUGGUGAGCCGAGCCCUCUGCCUCCACACUGACGUCUCAGGGUCAGGGUCACUGAGGUGCUCUGCUGCGGGGUGGGGGUCAGGCCAGGUGUGGGGGAGUCAGCACCACCAGGGUACACCUGGCAGUGGGCUGUUCGGUACUCUGUCGGGGCAGCUCCAUGCUCUGCCGUCCAGUACCCCCGAGCCUGAGGCCUUCCCCAGUCUGAGCAAGCGCCAGUCAUCAGGGUUAAGUCACGGGCUCCCCCAUGGCUCCUGGCAGGUCUCAGGUGACGCCAGAGGCACAGGAGCUUGAGUGAGCGCUGAAGGCCACCCAGCUGGGAGGUGGCCUCCUUGGUACCUAUCCUGACAGCUGCCCUCCUCCUGAGGGUCCAGCUGUACCUGUGCUUGGCAGGAACAGGGCCCUCCUGGACCCAGCAGGGACAGCAGGCUUCCUGGUGAGAGCACACAGCUGUCCCGCCCACUUGUAUGUGUCCUCCCAUCUGAACACAGUGUGUCCUGACCCACUCCUGGAUGCACAUGUCCUGUGGGGUGCAGGCACAGGGGCUCCGACAGGACUGGGGCCACACCCCCGGGACAGCCGAGCCCAUGCCCGGGGCCUUUGGUUGCUCUAGAUGGUCUAGUAGGGCACUGACAGGGCCGGCCCCUUACCCACUCCCCCCAGAAGACGGGGAGGGGACUGGCCCAGGCCCCCUGCUCCAAGCCAGAACUAGGACUACAGGUCACCUUCCUGGCUGGAAUGAGCAAAAGGGGGCAGUGCCCACUCACUGCCCCAGGCCCCUCCAGGGCCAAGGGCAGGUCUGAGGCCCCCACCCACUCAGGUGCCCACGCGAGGCUGGACCACAUCCUGAGCCUGCCGUGGCAGCCCAGCCCUGGCGUCCUGAGCUAGCAGUGGGAAUGGGGGCAGGGGACAGUGGCAGGAGCACCCUUCUGUGUCCACCUCCCAAGAGCUGUGCUCUCUGGAUCAUGUCUGUAUAGUCACUCAGAAAGGUCAGCCUCAGCCCUGCUCGCCCAUCCGCUGCCACCAGUCACCAGUGACUGGUGGGUCACACCUGCCUGCUGGGCUUCAGGCAUUGCAUGUCCUGGGGCCUGGGCCA